CGGAUCAAGCCUUUGUGACCCUUGCUACCGAUGAUGUGUACUGUCAAGGCGCUCUGGUUCUUGGACAGUCAUUGAGGAACCAUACAACGUCUAGAAAAUUGGCAGUACUAAUUACAUCACAGGUUUCCAGUGGGAUGAGGUCUGUCCUUCGCAGUGUGUUUGACGAAGUCAUCGAGGUGGAUGCACUUGACAGUUCUGACUCACUCCGUUUGGCUCUGAUGCGGAGGCCAGAACUGGGCGUAACCUUCACUAAGCUUCACUGUUGGACUCUGACUCAUUAUAGCAAAUGUGUCUUCAUGGAUGCAGACACUUUGGUGCUUUGCAAUGUUGAUGAGUUGUUUGAUCGAGAAGAGUUUUCGGCAGCUCCUGAUUCUGGCUGGCCUGACUGCUUUAACAGUGGUGUAUUUGUCUUCCGACCUUCUUUGAAAACGUACAACCGACUGCUCCGGUUUGCUGCUGAGCAUGGCAGCUUUGAUGGCGGUGAUCAAGGCUUGUUGAAUAGCUUCUUCAGCAACUGGGCAACAGCAGAUAUUGGCAAACACUUACCUUUCCUCUAUAACUUAAGCAGCAGUGCUGUAUACACCUACGUCCCUGCUUUCAAUCAGUUUGGUAGAGAUGCCAAAGUUGUUCACUUCUUGGGAGCAACAAAGCCCUGGAACUACAAAUACAACCUUCAAACAAAGAGAGUUAUGCAGGAUGGCACCACCUCUGGAUCUUUUCACCAGCUGUCAUUUCUUGCGCUCUGGUGGAAUAUAUACAGUGCCAAUGUAUUGCCUUUGUUAGAAAAAUUUCAAAAGAUGGAAGAAUCAGAAUCUGAGGAAUGCAAGCACACUUUCAAUGGAGUUGAAAUUACACUGAAAAAGGUCAGUCCUUAUGUGGCCAAUUCUCUGCAAAUGCCUGUGCUUCCAGAGCAGCCGUACGAAAUACAUCCCACAGCACGUUCACCUGAGGAACUCACUUUUGAAACUAAUGAGGUCGCACAUUCCAUUUCAGAGCUGUCCAUUCACUUCAGAGCAGAAGAACCCAGUCCAGAAGAAGAACGGAGAAAAUGGGAGGAAGGGCGCAUGGACUAUCUGGGGAAAGAUUGUUUUGAACAUAUCAAAAAGAAAUUGGAUGCAUUUUUACGUUAAGAUGGAGUGUACUGUAAUGGUCACCACGAUCUAUGUUUCUUCUAUAAAUGCAA